AUGGCGCCUCGAGAGAACUCGCAUGAGCCCUCCGGCACGCCGGCGCCGGUAGAAACUGGCUUUGCCACUCUUGCACAGCUGAGAACCGGUGUGAAGGCAUGGGUUGAGAAGGACGGCGAGAAGCGCAAAGCUGAAAUACUGUCCAUCCAAACACGGCAGGGCAGGCCCAAGUUUUAUGUUCAUUAUGAGGAAUUCAACAAACGUUUGGAUGAAUGGAUCGAAGCCGAAAGGAUAGAUCUUUCGAGAGAAGUGGAGUGGCCUGCGCCUGAAAAAGCCGACAAGAAGAAGGGCACUACCGUCAAGACUGACAAAGCACCUUCAAAGUCUGAUCAGAAGAAUCUCAAGCGAUCACGCAGCAAACUUGACCGCGAGAUCUCUGGCACCCCAGAGUCGACGUCUAGCAACUUGCCAGGCAAAGCAUCAAGACCAUCUAAAGCAAGUGGAAAAGAAAAUCAAGAGUUGAUAGUGACAAGCGAAGUUACCGAUGGCACGCCAAAACCCGAGGACGAGGAGAUGGACCUCGUCGACGUGCAGGAUGCCGCUGCAGCAGCAAAGGCUAUGCCACCCCAGGACUACUCGAGAGAAGACGAAAUCGAAAAGCUUCGUACAUCAGGAUCCAUGACGCAGAACCAGACCGAAAUCUCACGAGUGCGUAACUUGGAGAAGAUUCAGAUGGGCAAGUUCGAGGUCGAGCCUUGGUACUUCUCACCCUACCCAGUUGACUUUGUGGAUUCAGAUGUAGUCUACAUCUGCGAGUUCUGUCUCUCUUACUACGGCGAAGUUACGCAGUUCGAGCGCCACCGCUCAAAGUGCCACCUCCUUCACCCCCCUGGCAACGAAAUAUACCGAGAUGACUACGUAUCCUUCUUCGAGAUCGACGGGAGGCGGCAGCGAACAUGGUGUCGCAAUCUUUGUCUGCUUUCAAAACUCUUCUUAGAUCACAAGACGCUCUAUUACGAUGUUGACCCUUUCUUGUUCUACUGCAUGUGCACCCGCGACGAACACGGCUGCCAUUUCGUAGGCUACUUCUCCAAAGAAAAGGAAUCCGCAGAGGGCUACAACGUAGCCUGUAUCCUUACGCUCCCUCAAUACCAACGGAAAGGUUUCGGUAAACUGCUCAUCGACUUUUCUUACCUCCUUUCCAAGCGUGAAAACAAGCUCGGGUCUCCAGAAAAGCCUUUGUCUGAUUUGGGUCUUUUGGGAUAUCGUGCCUACUGGCAGGAGAUUCUUGUCGACAUACUCAUGGAGCCUGGCCGUACAGAAGCAAAUAUCGAAGAUCUGGGUGCUGCGACCGCAAUGACCACGAAUGAUGUUCUACACACCCUGCAGAAUCUGAACAUGCUGCGAUAUAGCAAGAAUCAGCAUGUCGUCGUCCUUACAGAUGCAGUUAUUGCGCAGCGGGAGAGACAAAAGGCAAAGGAAAAGCUGAAAGGCAAGAGGAGCAUCGAUCCUGAUCGCCUGAUCUGGAAGCCACCCGUGUUCUCUGCAGCGAGUCGGACAUGGAAUUGGUAA